GCCUCGGCCCCAGCUAGACCUGUUGUUCCUGCGGCGGUUCUUGAGGAUCCAGGCGAUCCUGUUUCCCAGAUGGCCCUCCCCGAACGUGCUGAUGUUCCUGACCCUGCUCUGCGUUGCCUUGCUGGAGCAGCUGGUUAUUUACCAGGUCGGUGUGAUCCCCAGCCAGUACUAUGAGGUCCUAGGGAACAAGGACUUCUCCGGGUUCAAAACACUGACCGCCAUUGCUCUAACUCUGAUCGUAGUCAACUCCACGCUAAAAAGCUUCGACCAGUUUAUUUGCAACUGGAUGUAUGUGAGCUGGAGGAAAUCCCUCACCGAAUACCUCCACAGCUGUUACUUCCAGGGCCAGGUCUACUACAGCCUGCACGUGCUGCGCGAGGACAUCGAUAACCCAGACCAGCGCAUCAGCCAGGAUGUGGAGAGGUUCUGCAGGCAGCUCAGCUCCAUGGCCAGCAAGCUCAUCAUCUCACCCUUCACACUGGCCUACUACACAUACCAGUGCUUCCACAGCACAGGCUGGCUAGGCCCAGUGAGCAUCUUUGGGUAUUUUGUCAUUGGGACGGUUGUUAACAAAGUGCUGAUGAGCCCAAUAGUGUCAAAACUCGUGCAGCAGGAAAAGCUGGAGGGGGAUUUCAGGUUCAAGCACAUGCAGAUUCGUGUCAAUGCAGAGCCAGCUGCUUUCUACAGGGCUGGGCGAGUGGAGCACAUGCGCACAGAUCGCAGGCUGCAGAGCCUGCUGCAGACCCAGAAGGAGCUGAUAGGGAAGGAGCUCUGGCUGUACAUUGGCAUCAAUACCUUCGACUACCUGGGCAGCAUCCUGAGUUACGUGGUCAUUGCCAUUCCCAUCUUUUCUGGGGUAUACGGUGACCUCAGUCCAACAGAACUCAGCGCCCUGGUCAGCAAGAAUGCCUUUGUUUCCAUAUACCUCAUCAGCUGCUUCAGCCAGCUCAUAGAUCUCUCUACCACCGUGAGUGAUGUAGCUGGCUACACACACAGGAUUGGAGAGCUGCAGGAAACCCUGCUGAGCCUUGGCAGGAAAAAAAAUGCUAACUACUCAGAAGUCAAAGCCAGCUGGGACUUGGACAGCAGCUAUUCUGGGGAGGACCCAGUGCCGGGGGACACAGCUUUCCUUCUGGAGCAAGUGACGCUCUUGGUGCCAUCUUCUGGUAAGCUGCUCAUCAAGGACCUGAGCCUCAGGAUCUCACAAGGGAACAGCGUGAUGAUUGUGGGGAACACUGGCACUGGGAAGACGUCUCUCCUGAGGAUCCUCGGGGGACUCUGGGAGAGCACGCAGGGGAAUGUUGAGAUGCUGACGUGUUUUGGCCCCCACGGAGUCGUGUUCCUGCCGCAGAGACCGUUCUUCACCGAUGGAAGUCUACGUGAGCAGGUGAUCUAUCCUCUGAAGGAGAUCUAUCCAGUUUCAGGGUCUGCAGAUGAUGAGAGAAUUGUGCGGUUCCUGGAGCUGGCAGGGCUGUCUGAUUUGCUGGCACGAGCUGGGGGACUGGACCAGCAGGUGGAUUGGAACUGGUAUGAUGUCCUGUCCCCAGGAGAGAUGCAGAGGCUGUCAUUUGCACGGCUCUUCUACCUCCAGCCCAGAUAUGCAGUGCUAGAUGAAGCCACCAGUGCCCUGACAGAAGAGGUGGAGCACGAAUUGUACCGUGUGUGCCUUCAGCUGGGCAUGACGUUGGUCAGCGUGGGACACAGAGCCAGCCUGGAAAAGUUCCACAGCUGGAUUUUGAAACUUCAUGGGGAGGGAAGAUGGGAGCUCACACGAUGCGAGAAGAUGAAGCGUCUCCCAGCUGGGGAAGGAUGCUGAAAAGCAUGCCCUACUCUGACCAGCUGCAGAACCCACCCACCCUUGCGAGAGCUCCGAGUAGCAGACGUGGAGCUGCAGAGCCAACAGCUAUCAACAGGGAAUCAGUUCGGUGCAAGACCAUUUCUGGAUUUUGCUGCUGGGAUCCAGGGCCAAGUCUGAGCUCAUUGUGGGGUUCUGCCAGGAGCAGACAAGUCUACCCAACCCUUCUCCCUGCCUGCUGUUCCCUCCUCUCUGCUUCUCAAGGGGAAAGAGGCUGAGUGCUAGGCUGCAGAAAGAGAAGACACCACCUCUUGGAGCUGGUAGAAGCAGUGGGCCACCUCCACUUGUCCAGAAGGCAGUGUUGCAUGGCUGGAUGCAGGCUGCUGCUCUCACCUCAGUGACCUCGGCCUCUUUGAUAUGCAGCUCUGCAGAACAGACUUCAGUACCUGUGGCAGCAGCCGUGGUCAAAGACUUGUCCUAAGGGGAGGAGAAUGCUGGCAGAGAGAAGGGCAUAUCUCUGCUUUCCUUAUUACACAAGGUUACUGGUCAAAGGAACAUUUUUGUAUUAAAAUCUGGGGCCUGUUGGCCAAAGAUU